GGUGGAGGGAGGCAUCGCUAGGUGGAUUCCCAGAAGUGUCCCGGGGCAGCAAGCGGCCUGGGUGGCGGGCUGUGGGCUUGUGCGCUCGGCGGGCGGCAUGGCGGUGGCCACGGCGACGUCGCGUGGGGCGUCCAGCGCCCGGGACAUCUUCUUCUCCCUGGACUACGGGCCUGCACCGGAGAGUCCUUCGCUGGCGCUGGCCUGGCUGGACACCCAGGGCUCAAACCUGGGCCACUUUGUGAACGGAAAGUGGCUGAAACCCGAGGGCCGAGGCACCAUCAGCUGUAGGGACCCAUGUUCAGGCGAGCUCCUGGCCAGCUGCUUCCAGGCCAAGAAGGAAGAUGUGGCUUUGGCUGUGGAGGUGGCCCAACAGGCUUUUGGAGGGUGGAGCCAGCUCCCUGGGGCGACGCGUGCCCAGCACCUGAUCAGGCUGGCAGAGACAAUCCAUAAGCAUCAGAAGCUUCUGUGGAUCCUGGAGGCGCUGGCGUCAGGUCGUGUGGUGCGUGAGGUCCGGGAUGGGGACGUUCCUCUGGCCUGUCAGCUGCUGCGAUACCAUGCCUGCUGGGCCCAGACCCAGGAGCGGGCCCUGGCAGGAUGGGAGCCCGCGGGAGUGGUAGCUGUCAUUCUCCCGCCAACGUUCUCCUUCAUUGAGAUGAUGUGGAGAAUCUGCCCGGCCCUGGCUGUGGGGUGUACUGUGGUGGUCCUUGGAGGCCCAACCUGUCUGACUUCACUACUUGUGGCCCAGCUGAGCGAGGAGGCUGGGCUGCCCCCAGGGGUCCUCAAUGUGGUCAUGGGAGCCACCUCCCUAGGCACCUUGCUCCCCACCCUGCCUGGCAUUGCCAAGAUCACCUUCUGCGGGACUGUGGAGGAAGGCAAGGCCCUGCGUAGGGCACUAGCCGGUAGCAGCACUGACCUCUCCCUGAGCCUGGGCACAGAGUCUCUGUUGGUGAUCACAGAUACAGCCGACCUGGACUCGGCGGUGGAAGGGGUAGUAGAUGCAGUCUGGUCUGACCGCAGCCCGGGUGGGCUGCGGCUGCUGGUGCAGGCGUGUGAGUGGGAACGGAUCCUGGAGAGACUCAAGGCCCGCAUGUGUGGGGUGCGUCAAGGCCGGAGCUUGGACUGGGCCGUGGACAUGGGCACCCCUGGAGUCUCUGCCUGGGAAACAGCCCAGAAGUAUAUUCAGGAAGCCCAGAGCCAGGGGGCACAGAUAUUCCAAGCUGGAAACGUCCCAGACAGCCCAUUCUUUCCCCCAACGCUGAUCCUGGGUCUGGCCCCGGCAAGCCCAUGUGCCCAGGCCGAGGUGCCGUGGCCUCUGGUUGUGAUCUCCCCAUUCCGCACGGCAAAGGAGGCACUGGCUAUGGUCAAUGGCACCCCCCGAGGGGGCAGUGCCAGCGUGUGGAGUGAGCGGCUCACGUUGGCCUUGGACUUGGCCUAUAAGCUCCGAAUGGGCACUGUUUGGAUUAAUGCCCAUGGACUCAAGGACGCAGGCGCCCCCAUGGGUGGUUGCAAGGAGAACGGGUCAUCCUGGCACGGGGGCCCUGAUGGCCUCUAUGAGUACCUCCACCCCGUGGACCUCCCCCCCAGGUCUGGAGGGCCUUUGGAGAGUGUGGACUAUGAGAAGUUUGGCCUGUCUGCCCCACCUGUUCUGCCGUCUGGCCCUGAUACCUCCUCCCCCAGCACAACUGCCCCAUAUGGGGUCUUUUUGGCCGGCCACUUCCAGAAUCCUGCCAGCCGUAGCUCAAGGCCCAUCCUGGGCUCCAGUGGGAACGUCUGCGUGCACGUGGCAGAGGGCAGUGCCAAGGACAUCCGAGUGGCUGUGGAAGCAGCACACCAGGCAGCGGUCCUCUGGGCCAGUCGGGUGCCAGGGAGCCGGGCAUCAACCCUGUGGGCACUGGCCGAUGCGCUGUCCCAGAGGAGCCAGGCCCUGGCAGAACAGCUGACAGAGGUGACAGGCGUUGACCCCGUGGGCGCUCAGACUGAAGUGGUACUGAGCGCUGCCCGACUGCGAGCCUGGGGAGCGCAGGUCCAUGCCCAGGGAGCCGGCCUGCACAGCGCUGGGCACCAGGGGCCUUUUCUACGCCUUCGAGAGGCCCUCGGAGUGCUGGGCAUCGUCUGUCCAGAGGAGCAGCCCCUGCUUGCCUUUGUAUCCCUCCUGGCCCCAGCCUUGGCCCAUGGCAAUGCUGUCAUCGUGGUACCCAGUGGGGCCUGUCCACUGCCGGCCCUCCAGCUCUGCCAGGAUAUGGCCUGCCUGCUCCCACCUGGCCUAGUGAACGUGGUAACGGGGGACCGGGACCACCUCACCCGUUGUCUGGCCCUUCAUCAGGAUGUACCUGCCCUGUGGUAUUUUGGCUCUGCCCAGGGCUCCCGGUUUGUGGAAUGGGCCUCAGCUGGGAACCUAAAGGCUAUAUGGGUGAACAGGGGUCAGAGCCGAUCCUGGGACCGAGAGACAGAGGGGGCCGGACCCGAGCUGGGCCUUCGGGCAGCCCGUACUAAGGCUCUCUGGCUGUCUUUGGGAGACAUCUGAGCCCCUCCUCCUACCCCAUCCCCCACUUAGUCCUGCAACCCACGGCUGCUGGGCACCUGGAAGGACUGAGCCCCGCCUUGUCCCCUCAUUGUGGUUCUCACCUGAAUAAACGAUCUCAUGUACAUCUGG